AUGGAUCUCAUCCACGAGUACUCCUCGGGCGAUUCCGACAGCGACCAUUCCGCCGCCGCCGCCGCCGACGACGCCGUCGCCGACCUCCAUCUUUUCCUGCAGAACUACGAGGAGAUGAUCAACCACCGCAAACAGGUGUUCUGCUUGCUCCAGUGGACGCCGAGCCACGCCACCGUCGCCAAACUUAAACGCGCCAGCCACCGACUAUUCACGCAGCUCCCCCAGCUCCAGCACCUCCAAUGGCGCCCCACCCACGAGCUGGACCAGAUCUGGGGCUACCACAUCUCAUUGACCCAGAAUAUCCUGUUCCCGCCCUACCGUUUACCCCAAUUCCAGGCCCGUCUCCGCCACGCGCUCAUGGACGAAGUCGCCAUCGACCCUGGCCUUAUAGGGAUUCUCCCGGAACGAGCAGCUCUGGCAGCUAAGCUCGCAGCGAUGCUAGGCGUCGACAACCUCGCCAAGCCCUCGGUUAACGUCCCCGUGCUCCCCCAAGCGCUGUACUUCUAUCGGCCUACCACGCAAACGUCGUUCAUUGCCCUUGAACUAAGCCAGCAACCAGUGUUCUGCCAGUUGCAAAAGACGAUUGAGGCGACCGCUAAACAGUUUGAGGGCAAUGUCGGGGUGACUACGGACGAUUUCUGUUUCCAUGUUACCAUCCAGUACGGGCGCGGCCCCACGCUGGCGAAGUGGCGCCGCGACGUCACCGCCGCCAUUCGUGAUGUCGACAUCAGCGAUAUCAUAGACGAUGUUGUCGUUGACUUCGACAAGCUCGUGGUGUCGACGAUCGGUACUAGAGCCGCCGACGUCAUCCCCCUAGUGGCGGAGACGAAGCCCGUGAACCCGCAGCCGCCGCUGGACACGAUCGCCACGCGGGCGAAGCUGCUUAACCUCCCCCACCACCGCCGGGUAAAGAAGGGGCGCGUCGGCAAGCGACAGAGCAAGUAA